UUUAUAUGGCAUGUGACUGUGUUAUUAAAUGUAUUGUUAUUGUCAAUCAGCCAGUUGUUUCGUGAGGUAUUGAAUUUAAUUUAAUUGUUUGGGGGGAAACUGAAUUUUUAAAAACUUACACGUAAAGGGACAUAAGUAUGCUGAAACCUAAAGCUCUAACCCAGGCGUUAAGCCAAGCAAAUACAGGCGGAGUACAGUGUUCUUUAUUGUUGAAUCAGGAAGGAGCAUUACUGGCUUACUCUGGUUAUGGAGACAAAGAUGCUCGUGUAACUGCAGCCAUUGCAAGCAACAUUUGGUUAGCUUAUGAGAAAAAUGGCCGGGCUGCAUUCAAUGAGGACCAGUUAAAAUUCAUAGCCAUAGAAUGUGAGGAAGGAAGAGUGGUUGUUACUGAAGUGGCUAACUUGUUGUUAUGUCUUCAAGCCAAGGAAGAUGUUGGUAUAGGAAUGUUGAAAGCUAAAGCACAAGCUUUAGCAGAUUAUUUAGAAGGUCCUCUUACACAGGUGGCUGCAUCAUGAAAAAAAAGUAGUAUACAGUAUUGCAUAUAGUUAAUAUAUACAUGUAUUUGAAUUAUGUGAUAACAACAAAUAUCUGUACGGGAGAAAAGAGUAUAUUUGUGUAAAACACAAUGAUAUCAAACUUACAUUUCCUAAAUUUUUUGGGACCUCUUAAGUUUAACUUAAUAGUAAAUUUACCCCAAAAAAUAGUAAAACUCAAUUUUAAUAUAAUCCAAGUUUAUUAUUUCUUGGGUGCUUAUUUGUUUUGUUUUUCAUUUUCACAGUAUAUGUUCGUUCUUUUUUACUAAUGUGCUUCUACCUUGAAAAAGAACAUGUAUUAGGUAUUAGAUAUCAUAUGACAGAGGCAUUAUAAUGAAUAUUUAAUUUAGGCUUUGAAAAAGCCCAAAAGUAAACAUUAAAAUAUUAAAUGUUAAUUUCUGACAUCAAAAAGCAGUAAGACCACAAAAUUAGCUUUAUUAGUUAAAGAUUAUUGUACAGAUUACUAUGAAUACAAUGUAGUUGCAACCAUUUUUGCAAACUGGUAUAUAUCUAGAAUAUCUAGUCAUUAACACAAUGAAAGAACAUCUGUUAUGAAAAUGUACAGAGAUAAUAUUUAUUUAAAUGUUUGAAAUGUGUUACCAGUCUCCUUUAACUUGGUGAAAUAAUAAAGCAAUGAAAAAAAUUAUCAUGUAUUUAACACUAGUCAUUUUUAUUUAUGUCAUGCUAAUGUUCAUUAUGAAAAAUAUAAUGACCCAGUGAGCUAUAAGCUUUAAUGUAUUAUUGAAGUGUUAACUGUCACUUUGAUGAAUUAAAAUGUCAGCUGGUUUUAAACAAGCCCACAAAAUUAGUUAAUUAAUACAGUUAUUUGUGUUUUUGAUAUCCUUGUCAUUGUAAGAUGUAAAAAAUGAAGGUAAAGGUGGUUCCAGCAGUUUUAUCAAUUAAACAUUUAACAUACAUUAAAAUAAAAUUAUGUUUAUGUAGGUUUUAAAAGUAUCUACUUUAUCCAUUUUUUAAAAGCAUGUUCAGCUUUACAAUUAGCUUAGAUGUUGUGAUAAAUCAUGUUUUCGUGAUACAAUUUUUGUCCUUCAGUGACUUGGUAUCCUUUCAUUAUGUACUACAAUUUAUUGUACUUCAGGUGUUUUGUAGAUAAAAAAAAAACAACUUGUCUUUGGUUA